GUCUCCUGAUAUUGUCCGCUGAGGCCGUCUCAGUAGUAUUACGACUUUGGUGAUAAGAACAACUCCAAGGGAUAGCAAACAUGAAUGCCUACUGGGCGAUCCUUCUUAUUGCCACCUUUGCGGGUAUCAAUCGGGUGGUGAGCGCCGGGAAUGACGACUUUGUUGAUGCUUGCUUCGGAAUUGACGGCGAUAAACCUCCACAUUGUGAGUACAUCGAUUUCGACGAUGUGUUCGAGACUUCAGACAUCAAGUUCAACUGGAGUUUCAUUACAAAGCUAACGAUCAGCAACAAGCGAAUAAUCGGAAUACCAACAAGGAUGUUUGAAUCGCUGCCUAAUUUGGAAAGUUUUGUCGUGGUAAACAGUCUGUUCUAUCAGGAAAUCGAUCCGAAUAGUUUCAUCGAUUGCCACAAGUUGGAGCACGUUGAAAUCACCGGUACAAACAUCACUUUUCUGGACACACAUCUGUUUCCCAAGACUCCCAAGCUGAAGCACCUGCUGUUUCAUCACAACAGAAUCCUCGACAUCAAGCACGACGCAUUUGAGUUUCUCUUGGACCUAGAGGAACUUAACCUAUCGUACAACAACCUGACCAGGCUUCCCAGUGGUGUGUUUCACAAGCUCAAGAACCUAAAGACAUUGGAUUUGAACCACAACCGGCUGGUACUGUUGAGCUUCGACAGUUGGUUCCCGCCGGACGGCGUUCACUCGCUCGCAUAUCUGGAUGCGUCGUACAAUCAGCUCAUUGAGCUGGCCUGGAGCGAAAUCACCGUGAAGAAAGUCAACCUAAAAUACAACAACUUGACUACCAUUCAUAUCAGCGGCAAUUGUACGGAACUACACGCUUCCUACAACAUAAUCGAAUCGGUUACGGUCGGGAGCAAUUGUUCAAUUGAAAAAUUGUAUCUCGCUCACAAUCACAUUCCCGGCUUCGGAGAUCUUCGGAAAUGCUCGGAAACGCUUCGAACGCUGGAUGUUUCAUUCAACAUCCUUCAGCGGCGGUUCGAUUUCCUCGGAAUGAAACAGCUGACGGCACUAAACGUCGAGUGCACUAAUCUUACCCUUCAGUACACAACCCUGCACGACCUGCGGAAGCUGAAAUUCCUGGACAUCUCGUACAACAACUUGAAGAAGAUUGAUUUCGAAAACCUUACCUCACAACGGCAGCUCGAGAGGCUAAUGAUCAGCGGAAACCCCAUUGCAAACAUGUCGAUCGGGUCAAUCAAGCGGAACUUCCCGAACCUUAAAACGCUGGGAAUCUACGAUCUACCGUGGAAUGAAUCAUCCCUCUCGGUAGCGAUCGAGGAUCUGAAGAAGCACGACAUCAAACCGUACAUUAAAAAUGAUUACUUGUUCGAAGAGUCACUGUGCCCGCUAAAGAUAGUGCGCAAUUUUACCUCGACCGGAGAUGAUCACGAGGAAUCGGCUGAGCUGAUUCCGAAUCCAAGUGCAGACAAGACGAUCGAGUAUGUCGUUAUCGUCCUGCUGGUGGCCGUCGUCUGCGGACUGCUAUUUAAGGUGUUCGUCGAUAGUCGAUACUAUCGUGAGCUGUUCAAGGACCGCUUUCGUGGAUCGUCCAUUUCACACGAAAGUCUAGUCAGUUGUGAUCUGAAUGGUUAGGCGGAAAAAAAACAUGUAUGUAGAAAAUAAAGGCGUUGCUAGUUGAAAAC